AUUCUACUCUUUUCUACUACAUGGCGGAUCUACUGAAUUCAUAUACGAUUUUGAAGGAUGUGUUUUUCACAUUUAAACUGAAAAAGGUAUCCUGAAAACUUUGUUAUAGGCAAAACGGUCCCUAGAAUUAUCUUACGAAGGUACGGCUACCCCAUGUCGAUCCUCGAACUUUCUACUGAACCCAUCGGGGUAGCUAACAGUUUCGGAUGAGACGAAAAAGCCAGCUUAAACUUUCGAGACGACCAAAUAUUCCCUAAGACAUCUGAGCCGAUACAUAGUUUCUAAGGUAAUUUUACCAAACCAGCUUCUUAAUCAUAGAGAAAACUAUUUGACACAAGUCUACUCGGUUUUAGGUGCCCCUGACACAGACCCAAAAGGUAAACUUUAAUCCGCCUGUGACAACCAAUUGGAAUUUUUUUGGGGGGGGGGGGGCGGUUACAUUACCGGCUUAUUAUAGGAAAUUAACGCUCCAUGAAAUUAAGGUAUUGGAAAUUAAAGCGACUUUAAUUAAUGCUAAUUUAGUGGGAAAAGACUUUCGAAUAAAGGACAUUAACGCGAAAGAGAAGGUAACAUUUCAAAAUAAAGGAAAUUAACGUUCACAAAGAAACAAAACUUGAUGAGACAGCAGGAACCAAGUUAAACGUUUAAUCCGAAAUGGAAACUUUGUUCGUGGCACUUUUCCUUAACGUAAGAAGGGCCUGCUGUCAAGCGAGAAAAUCUCCCCACUUCAAGGGUUCUUCACAACUUCGUUCUCAGGGUUCUCUCCUACCCGCCCAACGGAGCGAGGAUAAGGCGGGUAGGAGAGAACCCUGGGAACAAGGUUGGGUUCUUGACAGUUUCACUGACAUUGGCGAAACUCCACACUGAUAAAAUACUCCUCUUUCUUAGGUGUCAAGAAUGUAAAAAUGUAUCAAGAAUUUGGGGGCAAAAUGAUGGAAAUUAAUGCCGCAGAAAUUAACACUCCACUUGGUUAAUGGCGCAGAAAUUAACGUUUACAAUGAUUAACGCGAAUAUUAGAAAUUCGAGUUAAUUUCAUGAAGUGUCAAUUUCCUAUACUACUAAAGCAUAACUAAUUCUUUGAUUUCUUGAAUAGAAACAUGACGCAUUUGCCCAUGCAUUUGAAAAAGCAGGCACUUUACAAGGAGAAACUAUGUUAAGGUAUAGUUACUACCCCACGAUAACUGAUAUGAGUAACGUCAAACCAGGUCAGCUUCGCUGUGGAGAGCAUACUGACUGGGGCGCCAUUACACUUCUGACCCAGGAUGAUGUUGGUGGACUUGAGGUAAAGAAAGCUACCGUUAAUUAGGCCAAGCAAAUACAAAUAAUAAUAAAAAAGAAACAAAUGUUUCUCCUCCCCGCCCGCUUCAUUUCUUGGGGUCGCCUAUUUUUCACUUAUUAUUUGCUAUUAGAAAUGUUGGAAUGAACAAAAAACCAACAAGAGUUACUUUCAACACCAGUUAUUCUACAAUCCUGCGUAACAGGCGUUUCUUUUCAUAAUUUAAAAAGAAACCUAUCGACGUUUUUCAUGCACCUUGCCUAUUGAGGUAUACCGUACGAUGCAUUACGUUGUUAAAACAUGUGUCAAACCAAAUUUGUGUUAAAUCAUUAUCUGACGUUUCAAUAUUAAUAUUUGACCGAAGAACUCCAACUAAUACCCGAGCGAGUAUUCACUUGAAAACCGUGAAUAAAAAGGUCCGGAAAUAACAAAAACAAACGCCUGCCUGCUUUCUUUUUUCUAGAAAUCCUGACGAGAAACAUUUGUUUUUAUUUCUGCUCGGCCCUAUAUAAACAAGAAAAAAGCAUUCCCUUACACUAACAAGUCCAUUGCUUCUUAAUUUGCUUCAGAUACGCAACGUUGAUGGAAAAUUUGUUCCUGCCCCACCAAUAGAAGGAACAAUAGUGGUCAACAUUGGCGACAUGAUGGAAAGAUGGACGGCGGAUAAACUGAAAUCAACGGUAUGUUGGAGAAUGCAGCCCUCAUACUAAGCCUACGUUUCAAUGUUUUCACAAAUUUUGUUAAUUUACCCCCGGGGGUUAAAACUAAAAAACGUUCUACAGGGGGAGGCUCCGCCCCGAGGUCCAACUCCAUACCGUUUUCAUGCAAUUUUUUACAGAAAAGGCAACUUCCAUUAAAAAAUGGUACUCCUUUUAAGACCAGGUUUAGAGCUCUGCAUCCCUUUUAACUGCUGUAACUGCAUUAAAAUCUGAAAAGUCAGAAAACUAGGAAUUUUUUUCAUCACCACCAGGAACCCAUCAUUUGAUGGGCUCCUGUCGCCAUAAAUUCUUAACUUUUAGUAUUUGUAUUAACUUUUAUUGGUCUUUUUAUAGACGGAAAGACAGAUUUCCCUUCCCUACUUAUAUACUUCAAAUAGUGAAAUCAUAUCCCUACCCUUUCAUAUAUCUGAAGCCUGAAAAAGGUACCCCUUUCGGGUGGAGCCUUCCCGUAUAGGCCAUUUUAAGGAUCGACCCCCGGAAAUUAAGUGAGGACACUUUUCCCCGCCAAAAUCCAAGCUCCGGUUUAUUUCUGAAUGCGCAUGAUUAGCAUUAUAUAGGAACAAAAAAAUUGUCAGCGAAACGUUUUUUCUCUGUCAAAAUAUUAAUUUCUUGGGUGUAUCGCUAGCUAAUUGAUUUAGAGAGCUCCUUAGGACUGUUCCAAAACGCUUAUACACGAAUUGCUCUGAUUCCUAACUAACGGCCCAGUAUAAACAAACAAGGGACUGCCUUAAAUUAACUUACUGAUUGUAUCUUAUUCGCGCAGGUUCAUCGUGUACUGAUACCCGAAGAGCAGAUCAAACGCCGUCACCGUCGUUCCUUGGCAUUAUUCUUUAACCCGGAUGUCGAUGCGGUUAUCACAUGUAUGGAUGGGUCUAACAAGUAUCCUCCAGUCACAUCCGGGGAGUGGAUCAAAAUGAAACAGAAUUUGGCACACAAAUAA